AGCGCUGCCGACGUCUGGACUUCGGCGCGGUCGUGUCGAUUUUGUAGAAAAUUUCUGCAAAACACAGUUUAGUGUAGACUCCCCGAGGUUUCGGUUGUAUCGACAGUAGUUGUAGUGCGUGUGAGCGAGUCGCAAAGCCGUCGGUGUUUUGAUUAUUUGGAUUGAAAGAAAAGAUAUUGUGCUUUUAGAAAUCUUCUUGUUUUUUUGUUUCCUAGCUGAGCCACACAGUACGCGCUGGCUCUAGCGGUUUUGCGAAAAAGUGAAUAUAUAGAUAAAAAAUCAAUCACUAAAACACAAAUGAUCUCAACAAACUCUAAAAAGUGUUUGAAUAACUCUAACUAAAACAAAUCGAAACGUAAGCGUGAAAAAAAAAUAAAAUAUAAUAAAAUAAACAAACAUUUAAGAGUCUAAUAAGAAAAGCAGAAAAAUUAACAACAUGCCACAUAGUAUAGCUGCCACAGGUGCAGCAUACUGCAGCGCCACUUCAGCGCAGCUGCUGACACCCACUACACACAAGCGCUGGCUGACACUGCUGCUCCUCGGCUGCGUGGCCAGCUUGUGCGGCACGGCGGUGCAAGCCAGUCCGUUGGUGCCACGGGUGGAAGCACAAGACCUAACGGGCUAUCAGCGUAUGGCGAAAUCACUGAAAGAGCCGAGUUCGAAUGCGGCAGAGACGCGUGAACAAAGGCGACGUGUGGCAUGCCGCCGUGCUUGUUGGGCCAAGUAUGUUCCUGAGAACGACGAUUGCCUAAAGGACAGAAUAUGUUAUCAGUGCUAUUUGAAUUGUGCAACACCAAUAACUUCGACAACAACAACCACAACAAGUGUAACUACCACGCUGUCAACAACUACACCCAAUGCAGAAAGACGUCAGUUACAACAACAACAACAAUUACAAACCCAACAAUCAUCCAAAAUUAAUAAGCCAAUUCAGGAAACUUGGACGUUGCACACAGUUUCGAUGUUGCAACAAGACUCAUUGGUGCUCGUCGACAUCGCCUGGGAUGCGCUAAAUACGCCUAAUCAGUGUCUCAUCAGCUGGGAGGUAUCCGGCGGUGGACUGAUGGGUAAUCUUUUGACCGAGUCAUCGAAUGUGCAGUUAUCGCUGUGGCCGGACACAAAGUAUCGCGUGAAGGUCACCUGCAAGAAUAAGCUCACCGGUUUCAUGUCCCGCUCGCUGCCACUGAGCAUUGACACAUCCGAGGCGGUGAUUGCGCAUGACCAUAGUGGCCAACAUAAAACUCAAGCUCCCGAUGCCACAUUAAUCUCGACAACAACGAUCGACAGCAGAAUAUACGCACCCAACAAACACGAACAACAACCCCAACACAUUACCAACAAUGGACUCGAGCGCAACAAUGACGAUAUGGACGCAGACAGCGUCUCGCAUUCCAAUGGUUACAUUGCUGCCGACGUCGAUAACACCGCCGUGUUGCCAUACGACGAACACGAUGAUGAUCACGAUCAGUCCGUUGAAGCGUUGAAUAGACACAGCAAGUUCAUUUUCAACUGGCACUCCGAUGAUAGCGACAUCAGCCUGAUUGAACCGAUGCACAAACCCGAUCUGAACAUGCUGCACACGGCCGUUAUCGAUAUGCACAAGCCAAUCAUUUUCGGUUUGUUCGCGGGCAUCAUUAUGCUGGCGUGUGUGUUGUUCGCGUUGCGCUGCAUGCUGCGGCGCCGGCACUUGGCGUUUGAGAAGUCCAUGCUAAUAGCCGAGGAGGCUGCACAUGCGGUCAUGUCGGUGGCGCCUGCCGAAGUGGCAAUGCGCUAUGCCAACAACAAGGCGGCGGCACGAAAAGCCAUGGAGGGCGGUAGGCCUGGUUGCGGCGUAGGAGGUGCUGGCGCGGCUGCUUUUGCAGGCGGCGCGUUGGGCGCGACGUCGCUGGCCUAUCAGCGCAGCAGCGACGAGGAGGAGGAGUACGAGCGCGGCGCCGCGGAGGAGGUGUGUAGUAAUCCGGCGAUUUGCUCGAGAAAUGCGCUCAAAGUGUAAGCGCGCUCCGAGGGGAGUGUGCGCGUCAGUUAGUCAGUCAGUUGGAGAUGGAGUGUGGGGUAAGCCGUGGCGUAUAAGUGACAUGUAUUGAUUGAGAUUAAAACAGGAAUUAAGUAACACACAUAUACUACAAAAACAAAAAAAAAAUAAAAAAUAAUAUAUUAAAGACGUAAGCAGAAAGUAAGCUUAUUGCUUAGGCAUACAAAAGCAAAAACAAAAACAAAAACAAAAUACCUAUAUAAAUAUCGCUAGUUUUGUAAGGACAAGCAUUAAAUUAGGUCUACAACUAAUAUGUAUAAAUAUAGAGCGUCUAAGUGCAGUGCGUUGUCGUCAAACUAAAGUAAUUUACAAAUAUAUAUUCUGUAGAUGUUCUCGACUACUUUUUGAGAUAGACAUAACCUACAAUUUAAGCCAGCAUAUUUACCUAGAAUAUGAACAAACAAACAAACAAGCAAAUAAGCUAAUGUGUAGUCUACUUGCGAGUGCAGUCACACUCGUGCGCAUAAUAUCAGCAUUUAGUCUACAAAUCAAUAUUCAUUCUAAAUAAUCUAAAUAAUCAUGUGUUGCGAAAUUACGAUGCAUUUAUGUGAUGCCAAGUUGAAACUGUGUGUGUCCACGCAGUGUGGGGCACGCACACUACAUACAUAGCAUAUGAAUACAUAUAUAUAUAUAGAACUACAUAUAUAUAUUUAUAGACUAAAUAGAGUUAAGUUUAAUAUGCGAAAUUCCAUAAUUCAUUAUUUACAGUCGGUUGAUUGCAUUCAUUUGCGUUUGCAUUUUGCUGCAAUUAAACAGUUAUGCAUGCGCUAUGCUGUAUGAUUGGGCUGUGCGCUUAUAAGCAUGCGUGAGUGUGUGUGAGUAUGUAUAAAAGUGUGCAUGUGCAUGUGUGCGUGUGUUAAUUUGAAUGCGCUUGUGCAAGUUUAAUUACUAGAAACUUCAACUGACAGCAAAUGGGAGUAUGUGCAUAUGGAGUAUGCAUGCAUUGAAAAUACAUAUACAGUUAUAGAGUCUAAGUUUUGUGAGCUUUCAAGUUGAAGCUUAAAUUGUAUAUAAAGCAAACCAUAUAAAUGCCGUUAUAUUAUGUUAAUUGCUAGAAAUUUUGUGUGUCAGCAGUUGGCGUUUGAACCGCUGGUUCAUAGAGAUCAAAUUGGAAUGAAAAAUAAAGUGUUUAGUUUGAGAUGAGGAUUCUUCAUGGAAAUUUUGGAGUUUAAUAUUUUAGCACAGAAGAGGUCUGAUACAUCCUUUUAUUUAUUUUUUGGAUUCUUUUCAACUAUUUUGUGAUAAAAAUAAGACGGAUUUUACAUAAUUUCAUCUAUUUAAAAAGUAAAAGCGCGCGAUAUCGAUAGUUAUGGGCGGAUAGUAUACCAUGUAUGAAUUAAAAGUGAUGGUCUGAGACUUGACCAACUCUUCAGUAUCUGUCUUUACUUCGUAUUCUUAUUUUUUCUAACAGCAAAAAAUUCAACAAAAAUAUUUUGUCUUUCAAAAAUGUCUUAAACCCGGUAGAAACAUACUCAAAUGUUUAUUUUACAAAAGCAACUGUUUAUUACAUACAGAUUAGGGGAAUUUCACUUUUUAAACCCUUAAAACAUCAACUGCUGACAAUUCGAUAUAAAUUUACACAAAAAAGAAUUCUGAAAAUUAAAAAAAAGAAAAUACAAAUAUAAUUUUAAAUAAAAUAAAGUCAAAAAUGUACGUGAAUAAUUAUUUUCCAUUUAAAAUACUCAUAAUGUAGUGGUAAACUUAAUUGCUCAAUUUGCAAUACGAUAUGUACUAUGUGCUUUGCUUUUUAACAUUUGACUUCGGCUUGUUGCUACUUUAGAGACUAUGCUACGCAAAUCAAACAUUUUUUAUAUAAAAAUUAAAUUAUAUAAAUGUCAAAACCCCCUUACUUGCCCCAUAGGAACCCACACAUUAACACUACCUACCAAGCACCUCCUAAAGCACACACACCCAACUUCAUUUAUAAGUGUCUUCAAAUUUUCCAAAAAGAAAAAAACACAAAAAUUGAAAGCUUCCAAAAAGAAAAAAGAAUUAAAAAAAGAUAAAAAAGCGCUGCAUUCGAGGAAAAAGCAAAAAAUCAUAUUAUUUUUUCAUUAUUCUAGAAGGACGCAUAAUCAAAACUAAGCCAAUUUUUUAGUGAAAAUAUUAAUGAGGAGAAAGGAAGGCAAGGCAUUAACAGCAAACAUUUUUUAAUAUGUGUGUAUUGGUGUGCAAAUAAUUAGAUGUUAAAAACAAAAACAACGCUUGUUUACAGAUUAUGUGCUUUAUCAAGCGGGGCUUAUUCGGGUGGGACAUGCGGUGGUAAUGCCAGCAGUAUAGUUUGAGGUACUACAGUGCGUAUGAGCAACAUUGGUGAAAUGUUGCAGAGAAAUGUUGCCGAGAAAUGUUGCUCAAAUGUGUCAGAUAGCUGAGCCGGCUUGAAUUUCAUGCUUUUAAAUGGUAAAGCGCCCUACAAACUGCAAGCCACCGCCUCCCGCCCUCACAUACACACACAACCAUUUUAUACAUACAAACAACACAAACAUACAUUUUGGCAUGAAACUCAAAACUUUAGGCAUAUAAAUUAUAAGGCAAAAAAUUAAAAAUUAAAAAAAAUAUAUUGAACAAAAUUCAAAAUUUAACCGUAAUUGUAUUAGAGAAAAAAAAUAAAUGAAAAAAUUAAUCAAAUUAAAAUUACAUAAGUACGCGUAUAUUUGUACAUUAAAAUGAAUGUGUAAAAUUGAUGUGAAUUUGUGUUUCCGCUAGUGCAAAAAACACAACACCGACAACAACAACAACAAAUAAAAUUUGAAAAAAUUGAAAUUGAAAUUAAAAAAGAGACAAACAAACGAACGAACAACAACAACUGAAAUGCUUCCUUUGCGCAAGUGUGUUGCAUGUUUUUUGCAAAGCAACCACGUAAACACAAAUCAACAACAAAAUUUAAGCAAAAAUCAAAAUGAUUUAAAAAAUUAAUACGAUACGAAAAACAACAACAAAUGAGCACGUCGAUAUUCCUUAUUAAAAACAAACAAACAACAAUUGUAUGUAUGUAAUGUGUGAAUAAAGCGACGAAGCACUUUCCACACAAGCCACUAAAGCGCUGAGGAGAACUACUUUUUUUCGGCCAUUCUUGUUGGUGUGCGGUGCGGAAAAUGCGGACAACGCUGCUUAGUUAAGUUUUUUCUAGAUGCUAUUAUUUUGCUUUAAAUGUUUUUUGCUUUUUUAUGUGUGUAUUCAUUUCUCAUAUAAUAUGUAUAGUAGAAGAGAGAGAGAGAGAGUUAAUUAAAAUUAGUGAAUCAGUAAUUAAUCAAACAUUUCGGCUAAAUAAGACAAAAUUUUUCAUAUAAGGUGUAUCAAAGUAAUUAGGAGAAGCUUAAAAUGCAGUUAGCGUGCAAAAAAAAUUAUAAAAAUAUUAAUAAAAAAUUUAAAAAUUAAUCAAUCAAGUUUGCCAAAUUAUUGUAUAAAUCAGCAGUAAUCAAAAAUUAACCCCAGUCGCUUCCAUUUACCGAUAAGUAUGGCGUUGCGGCAAGUUAUAGAGUGGAAUAUGCAGGAAUGAAGCUUCUGUUGCAUUGAAGGUUUUACGACCUGACUAAUGUAAUAAAAUUAUGGAAAUAAAUUUAUUGCAUUUAAGAAUUUAAUAAGUAAUAUGACUUAAUUGAGUAACAUAACUAAUUGCACAAUUUGCUAAUUGACUAAAUUAACUAAUUGAGUCUAAAUUAACUAAUUGAGUCAAUUAAUUAAUUGAGCAAUUUGACUCAAUUAAGAAACUGACUCCAAUCUCCGUGGAAGAACUCUCCAGCAUAUCCAUUCGACUUCUUGCCAGCAACAAGCUUGCUUUAUGAAAAAAAAACUGCACAAAAUCAAAUGACCCCAACCACAAAAAUCCACUGCACUACCAAAUUCCCAAGAACUUCACUAAGUCCUUACCUCCGGAGAAUGUACAUACAAGCUGAAUGAAAACAAAGAAACGAAGCAUAAAUUGAUUGAAGUGAAAGCAACAUUUCUAUGCGUUAGUUACUGCCAAUAUAAGAAGGAUUAAGAGAUUAGCAUUGCCACGAGACUUUCAUUUAAGUAAUGCCCGCAUUCAUGCGAUCUUACAGGCGAUACAUACAAAGAUGUAUUUGCAUUGAAAUUGCUUAUACAUUCAUGCGUUCAACCAUUUUUGCAUAGAUUCAUUCGCUUUUGCUUUUAACCAAAAUAUGUAUCUCUUUGUAUGCUUGAAAGAAGGAUUGUAUACAUCGUAAAGCAUAUAAAGAAACAGCAUUAAUUAUAUUAAUAUAAGGGCGUACGAAUGCAUUAAUUCAGACACAACAUGCGUCUCAUACAGUUUAUACAGCCACAUAAGCAACACUGCGUUCAAUCACUGCCUUCAAUCAUCGCAUAUUAUAUUUGUAUAUAUCCGUGUAUGUGUUUUUGGCUUCAACGGUAUUUAAACGCCCAUUCAUUCCAUAAAUCCAUAUGCAUUUUAAUAUAUGUAUGUAUGCUUGUAUAAUGCUUUCAUUCAAAUAUUCAAUCAUUUAAUCAAUUAUUCAAGAUAUUCACUCAUAUUCUCAUUGACAUUUAAUAAUUCACUUAGUAGUCGCAAUCGCAUUGAAUACGCAUCUGUCAUAUGUAUGUAUUGCGUGCAAUAACCAACAACACACCAUUAUACAUUCAAGCAAUUCAUCUCAGAUAGUAAGUAGAUAGUAUUAACAGUAGGAUAACCGUACAUACCGAACACUAUUACCACUACAUAAAGCAUAAUCAUAGAUAACGAAAACACAUACAUACAAUAUUGAAUAUUGAAUAAGCCAGUAUUUGAUUGCGGAAAAUAUAAUAGUAGUAUGAGUAUAUACCGCUGCGUACUAUUCAUCAUUCAUGCAUGCAACAACAAAAUAUAGUUCGUAGCAUGUUAAUACAAUAUCUGUGUGAUACACACACUCUACUACAACAUAAGUGAUUUUUCAAAGGUUAUUGAGCAGUCAUUUUACAAAUAGCUACAAACACAGGCCCACAAAAGGUAAUCAUACAAACUAAUUUAUAUACAAUACAUAUAUGCAAUAGAAAAUGGGUUAAAAUGCAGCAAAUGGUCGGUGAGGUUGAACUCUGAGAUAUAAUUAUGAUUUGCACCAUUAAUUUUCUAAUUGAUUAAUUUGAAAUAGCACUUAAAGAGAGGUAAAGAUGCAGCAAACGAAGCAACAUUGUGUUCAUGCAAUUAUCUUUAGCAUACCUUUAGGCUGCACUUAGUUUUUUUCGUUCGGUCUUUGUUUAAGUUCUCAAACGGUUCAUUUAAAAACUGUGUUUGCUAAAAAUUUUCAUUUAAGAAGUUUCCAACGUGCAAAAAUAUAUUUUCAGAGGAUAUCUUUGAAAUCUAUUAUUAUAUAAAAUCAAAUGCAGCAAGUUUAAGUUGUUAUAUAAUAUUCCUUUUCUCUUAAGAGAAAUAUCCUUCUUAUGAUUGUAGAUUUUAGAUAAUUUUAUUAGAAUCGUUUGUGUUCCGUGAGCUAUAUAAUUUUUGGAACCGUGAGACACCCUUUCUUCGUUGGAUUCAUUCCUAUGAAUACAUAUGUCUGAUAGCAGAUCUCGAGACCUAUUCAAAAUUAUUCAUUAGAAUUGUUUUUGAGUCCUAAAAUAAAGGUUAAUAGUUCCUGAAUUGGAAUUAAAUGCGAAUUUACCCUCAGAUUGUAUUAGAAAUGUUCACAGUUGUUUAUACUUUUUUAUUAAAACCGUUAAGUAAUUGGUUUAAAUUAACGAAUUGCCAGUGAUCUCCACCUCAUAAAAUCUACUUCACUGUCCAUUUGCCGCAUUUAUUACACAAAUCCCGCUCAACUUACGAAACAGUCAAUACAAAGUGAGACAUUUUACUAAUAACUAUAAGAAAUAGACCUACAAAAACAACACAAAAUAAAUAAAUACUAAAUGCUAACUACAAUAAUUCGCAAUAAAAUUGUACUGUAGCUAAAUACUAUUUAGUUAAUAAGCUAAACAAAAGCGUAUUUACAUACUUAAAUGCCGCAUAAAUAACUAAACUAUUAAUGCAAAAUAACUGCAAGCAUAACGGCUGAGAAGGCUAAAUUAACUGUAAACCAUAAAUAAGACUGUAAAUAUUAAUUUUAUAAUUCUACAUAGAAGUAACUAAGAACACCCUAAAUUAAUAAAUAACUAAAUAAAGGAGUUUAAUUGCAAAUGGCAAACAAAUGCGAAAUGCUUAGCUGCUGGAGCAGUGGGGUCAAAUGCGACGCACUGUAUUAUUUGCGAACCGUUAUUGGAGGUAUGCAAAUGUGAGAGAAGAAAUUUAAACACCUUGCAUCACACACACAGGCAGUUAUAUGCUGAGAGAAGUCUGUGUGGCCGUUGCUGCGCCAAAGGACAUUAAAUUCCACUCAAGCAAGCGAGCGCACGAGAGUGUGGCAAGUGUUGCCUGUAUGUGUGUGUAUGUGGCAAGUGCUUUUAGUGGCGCAACAAAUAAUGCAAAUUUCCGAUGUGUGCUUGCAGAUUGCGACUAAUUGCAAAUGCAUUAAAAGUGUGACACAUUUUGUAGCUGGAAUAUAUGCGAGAGCAAAAAUAUCCAAAAUAUUAGUUAAUAAUGCAUUAAGCAGACAUUAGGCAGCAACAACAACAAAUUGGCAUUAAAACCACUACUUCUGCAAGCACACAUACACAAAGGCGUGCUUACUAGUUACUAAUACAUUAUGAAGUAGAAAAUAUUUCAUUUCCGGCAUGCUAGUGUGUGUGUG